AUGGACAACAAAUGAAUCCAAAAAAUUGCAUCUUAAGUAACGGAGAAGAUCUUCUGCACCCUACUUUCCAUUUUCAGUACCAAAAAUUCAAUCUAGAUUUAUCGGAAACAAUCUCUCUCUGUUUUCUUUUUUCUUUUUUUUUUGUCAAAAGAUAAAUUAAUGAAUGAAAAAUGAUCCUCCCUGACGACGACGGUGCUGAAACUGGAAGCGGCGAGUCGGUGGAUGAAAAGAUGAGUGAGGUAAAGGAAGAAGAGGAGAAAGAUGAAGUAAGCACGGCGGCGACGACGAUGAAUAAGGACGGGGUUUGGGUGAAACCAAUGGAAGGAUUGCAUGAUGUAGGGCCACCGCCGUUCUUGAAGAAAACUUAUGAGAUGGUGGAGGAUCCGGAAACCGACCCGGUUGUAUCUUGGAGUGAAACUCGUAAGAGUUUCAUUGUUUGGGAUUCUCAUCAACUCUCUAAAUUCCUUCUUCCUAAAUACUUCAAGCACUCCAAUUUCUCCAGUUUCAUCCGCCAGCUCAAUACUUAUGGUUUUAGGAAGAUCGAUUCUGAUAAAUGGGAGUUUGCAAAUGAAGGAUUUCAAGGAGGGAAGAAACAUUUACUGAAGAAUAUUAAGAGAAAAAACAAGUACAAUAACAAUCACAAGAAGCAGCAACGACAUUUAGGCUUAUCCAUCAAUAAUACUACUUUAGAAGAUUUGACAAAGCCACUACUGGUGGAAACAGAACCACUACAAACUCUUAGAACUGAUAACAACAUUUUAAGAGUGGAGAUGUCCAAAUUGAGAGAGCAGCAGCAGGACUCACACAAUCAACUCACCCUCGUUGAAGAACGUGUUCGACGUGCCGAAUCCAAGCAUCAACAAAUGUUCUAUUUCCUUGCCAAAAUGUCGAAAAACCCUGCGUUUUGUCGACAGUUGCUUCAGAAAAGGAUGCUUAGAAUGAAGAUGGAGCUUAAUAAUGGGGAUCAUGAGUUCGGAAAGAAGAUGAAAAUACUUGGAAUUCAAGCACAUCAAAAUCUUGGCCUCGACAUAUCUGAGGAUGUCAAUUUUCAAAAUCAAGUCCAAGAAGAGCUAUUGAGCUUGCACUCCGAACUCACUGAAAUCUUUCCGGAAGUAAUCGAACCUGGACCGAUCGGACCGAUCGAAACACCCUUCCAAGCAUCCAAUAGACCAGAGAGUAUGGUUGUUGAUGAAGGAAUGAGUAGUAAUGACUCCAAUUUUUUCCUGAAACUGGAUGAUCUGCUCAAUAAGCCUCAAGAUUGCCCCUCAGGUUAUGUACAGAAACAAGGUUUCUAUGGUUUUGUAGGAUCCAUUCCAUAAGUACUUUCUUACUGAAUAAUUACAAAAUGCCCUGCACGUAUCAUUCCAUAUUAACCAGAAAAAUUUGAUGUUAUGUUACUUUCAUACCUUUGCAGAUUUGGAGAUGGAAUUUCUGCAGUAAAUGUGCUGUUGGGUUAUAGACUAUAUAUAGUGGUAGGGAAUAUCAAUAGUUGCAUAUUUGUAAUUUGACUGGGAAGUUUGUGGUUAUAAAUACUAAAUACAUCAGUUUGUUACUUACAGUCUUACAUGCUUUUGGGAUUUGAGAUUUAUAGAAUUUGGAAUUAGUUUGUAAA